AUGCUUCUCUUGACAUCGACCCGCUACGACCAUUCACUCCUUCGUCUACGAUUCAAUAACUAUAACGACGAGCCAUCACCGUUCCUACUCCUCCGAUUCCACCUGGACCGACUUUCCCAAGCAUCUACCCAACACGAUUGGCCCCAAGCUGCCUCUGUCUUGUCGUAUGAGGCCCUUCUUACUGUCUGCCAGGCGGCGGUCGCGUCCCAUGAUGGAGAAUAUCAUGCCCUCCGAGUCCGAAUCACCCUCUCCCAGACUGGCGAGCUCGCCGCUACCACAAUAGCAAUACCCGCCCUUCAUAGUGACCCGACAGCGGCAUCUUUCGCUCGUCCAUUGACGGAUAGCGCCACUCUCUAUGGACCACCGAUGAAGCUUUAUAUCGAUACCGAACCGACACCUUUCCUUGGCCUCUUGUCCACCACCAAGACAACUGAGCGGGGGGCCUACAACGACGCACGUUCCCGAGCUGGCCUGUCAGACGGAUCUUUCGAUUCAGAUGUGCUACUCUACAACUCUGACGAGCAUAUCACUGAAGCUUCAGUCUUCAAUGUCGCUGUUUUCCGACAAGGGGAAUGGAUCACACCGCCAGCUGCAUCAGGGUGUCUCCCUGGCGUUCUUCGACGAUGGUUACUUCAAAACAAGCGUAUACGCGAGGCGGGAGUGGGAGAGAUCACCAAGAGCCAGAUGCACGCCAACGACUGGGUCCUCCUUUUCAACAGUGCUCAUGGUUGUCGUCUUGCCCGAGUUACUAUUUCCUCCUAG